AUGGAGCUUUCCGGAGUUUUCGGAGGCAACAAUGCUCUCAAAUAUCUGUCCAACUGGGGACCCAAAUGGUCACUCAUGGACGGCAACGACGCUUUGGCUUUCAUUGACAACCACGACAACCAAAGAGGCCACGGUGGAGCUGGGUCCAUUUUGACAUACAAAUCCGCAAAGCCGUACAAAAUGGCUAUUGCGUUCAUGCAAGCCUGGCCGUACGGCGUCACUCGCGUCAUGUCCAGCUACGACUUCUCUAAUACCGAUGCCGGUCCCCCAGCUGACGGCAAUGGCAAUAUCAAGGACGUGAUCAUCAACAGCGACCUCACCUGCGGCAACGGCUGGGUGUGCGAGCACCGUUGGAGGCAGAUUUACAACAUGGUGGCGUUCAAGAAGGCUACGGAAUUCACUGACGUGCUGAACUGGUGGGACAACGGAAACAACCAGAUUGCUUUUUCACGUGGAAACAAGGGCUUCAUUGCCUUCAACAAAGACUCCUACAACCUGGCUCAAACUUUGCAG